AUGACGAUUGUGCACAUGGUUAUGUUUAAAUUUCGACCAGAGGUGGCGAGCGAGCACAAAGAGACUUUUGUCCAGGAGCUCAAGAAACUUAAAGAGCUGGACUGCGUUAAGGGACACCGUCUGGUGGUAGGAGGCCCGUCUGUCACGGAUCCGAUAGAAAGGAGCAAGGGAUUCGAAUUCGCCCUGCUCAGCUUUCACGAAUCACUACAAGACCUCGAGAAGUAUCAGGCAAGCAAAGAACAUCACUGGGUCACGAGCACCUAUAUGUUCCCGUACAAAGAAGACCUUGUCCGGUUUGAUUUUGAGGUCUCUCCUGAAGACGAGGAUAUGUUCACGCCAUUUCAGUCCAGAAAGUUCUAA